UUGGCAAUAGCGCAAAAACGUUGAAACAACCCUGACCGAGGAGGAGAUGAGAGCCACACAUCUCCACUGCGGCCAAAGAAGGAAAAAAAAAGAGGACACCUGUCGGAGAAGGCACUCAUCCUGGAAACCCGAGACGACCCACCAUGUGUCGCGGAUGCCACCUUCCACUCUCCAACAAUGGCGGGAUGCCAUACACGAAGACGAAGAACAGGUCGCUCGGUGGCCUUCGGAAACCCCACGGUAUAUAAGCGUACCCCAGGAGCUAGCAGAACAGCCACGCAAAAAUUAAAGGAUUCUAUUAGCUCCAUUGAAUUCGAGCAUCACCACCUCCUGCGCCAUGGCCAUGUCUCGCUCCUCCCUCGCGCCUCUCUUCCUCCUCUCCGUCCUCGUCUCCGGCGCGGCGGCCGCCCGGACCGUGGCCGACGACAGCGUCCAUCGCGACAACGUGGACGCCGCGUGCUUGAAGUCGCAGUUCCCCAUGAUCUGCGCCGACGGCCUGACGGCCAAGCCGGAUGCCCAGCCCCAGAAGGCGACGCCGCGGCGCCUGGCCGAGCUGUUCGUGGCCUUCACGGCCGAGAGGGGCGCCGGGAUGGCCACGUCCCUGGAGGGCAAGCUCAGCACCAAGGACACCGCCCUGCUCAAGUGCUUCGACAGCUGCGGGGACGACGUCGAGGAGGCCAUGGCGCACCUCAACGGCCUCAUCCGGGAGCCCACCGACGCCAAGUUCCUCGAGCUCAAGUCCUGGCUCUCCUCCACGCUCGGCGGCACCUCCACCUGCGAGGACGCCUGCAAGGACGCGCCCAAGAACGCCGACAAGGACGAGGUCGUCAACAACAGCCUCGAGUUCGAGAAGCUCCUGCGCGUCACGCUCGACCUCAUCACCGAGGCGUCCGGGUCCAUGUCCGCGGACAUCGCCCUGCCGCCCUCCGACGCCGCCGCGCCGGCGUACGGGGCGGCCGCGCCCUUCGGCGGCGACGCCUCGCCGGCCACCGACGCCUCGUCCUCGUCGGCGGACGCCCCUGCCGCCGCCGAGGGACCUGCCGCCUCGUCGGAGUCGUCGUCCGGCGGCGGCGCCAGCGGCCCGUCUGCUGCUGACUCGCCGGCGGCCGCCGCUGAUGCUCCUUCGUACGGCGAGGCCUCCAGCGCGCCGGCGCCAUCUGGAUCCUCCUCCGCCGAUGCCGAUGCGCCAGCUGGGGACUCUGCCGCUGCGCCGGCGCCGGGGUCCGACGAGACCGCUACCGACGACGAUGCCAACGACACCAAGUCAGAAUGAUAAGCGCCACGACGCGGGCUUCGCCGCCUGUUCAAAGACGCUCCUUCCAUGGCAAAAUCUGCCGUCCUUUCCCCACUCCAAACUACUACUAUUAUCCACUAAUAAUAAUGAAGCUUAUGAUUGGGCUGGUUCAGCACAACAUGAGGCCCAUUUAGAUGAAUGUGGCUACAUGGUGGGCCUGUGUUGGAGCAAGACUGAGGCCCAUGCCAGAGUACGACAUGUUUGUUUUAGCUUGUGGCUGUGCAAAGCAGCCUGCAGAUUAUAGAUUUUUUUUGAAACUAAGAUUAUAGAUUUUUUUUCUUUAAAAAAGUUGGAUUGUAACAAUUUUUGAAUGUAAGAGUCUGUUUGGCAUCAUGGAUUGUGAGAGGGUUUGAAUCCUA